ACUUACAGAAACUCUUGCGCGUGUGGCCUGCAGUUCGGACAGCGGUCAGAUCAUCAGAAACUCUCACCAUGGGAAACUGCCAACCAACCGUUGUUCCUUAUGAAGACUUUGAUGUCGUUGCUGACAUAAAGACCAUUCGCAAAGCCUGCAAAGGUUUAGGAACUGAUGAGCAAGCCAUCGUAGACAUCCUAGCCAAUCGAAGUGCAGCUCAGAGACUGGAGAUCAAGCAAGCAUACGUUGACAAAUAUGAUGAUGAACUGGUGGAGGUUUUGAAGAGUGAGCUGACUGGUAAUUUUGAGAAUGCCAUUCUUGCCAUGUUGGAUCAUCCUCACGUGUUUGCAGUUAAAGAGCUCAGGAAGGCCAUGAAGGGCGCUGGCACAGACGAGGAUAUCCUGGUGGAGAUUCUGUGCACUUCUACCAAUGCUGACAUUGCCACUUACAAAGAAACCUACACCCAUGUGCAUGACAGGGAUUUGGAGGCAGACAUUGAAGCAGACACCAGUGGGGAUGUUAGGAGACUGCUAACAUUGCUUCUCGAGGGCAACAGAGACGAGAGCUACGAGGUGGACGAAGCACUGGCAGAGCAAGAUGCCGUCUCACUGUUUUAUGCUGGAGAGGACUGCUUUGGCACAGAUGAGUCAACUUUCAGCUUCAUUCUGGCCACCAGGAACUACUUACAACUGCAGGUCACAUUCAAAGCUUAUGAAGCAAUUUCUGGAACAGAGAUUUUGGAUGCAAUCGAUAAGGAAAUCUCUGGAACUCUGAAGGACUGCUACACUGCACUUGUGAGGUGUGCUAAGAACCCUCAGCUAUACUUUGCCCGGAGGCUGAAUGCCGCUAUGAAAGGUGCCGGAACUGACGAAGACACUCUCAUCCGCACCAUUGUGUGUCGCUCAGAGAUCGAUCUGGAGACCAUUAAAGACAUGUACCUGGAGAAAUAUGAUGUGUCUCUAAAAGACGCCAUCAGCUCGGAAUGCGGCGGAGAUUUCAAGCGCCUCCUGCUGGCCAUCCUUCACUAAAAGAAACACAAUCCGAGUGCUUACCAUGGACCAAGGAGGUUUUCACUACAGUCACAAUCAAGGCAAACUAACAUGACUCAUUUUCUGUCCUGUUGUCUAUAAAUAUGUUUUAUAAAGCUUAGUUUAAAGUGGAGAAUUAGUAACACAGGCUUCAAGUACAAUAUGUUUAAUAUGAAUGUUUUAUUACACUGUGCAAAUAUGUAUUUCGUAGAUGCAUAACACCACUCAAAAGUCAUUUGUGUCCGGUUUCUGUGACAUUCCUUAUUCUUGAGGCAUAAUUGGCCAGUCUUGUGGUUUCCAGGAUUAUAAGAUAACAUUGUUACAUUAUGAUGAUUAGAAGUUGAGAAGUUCAUACGUAAAUAAUACAAAGCCAGCAUUUAAAUUUUCAGUUGAGUAUUUUUCCACACUAAAACCUCACAGUUUUACUAUUUCAAAAUGUGCAGGACAAUGUGAAUUCUGAAUAUUUAUGUGAAUGACUUUGUGAAGCAUAAAUGCUCAAAUUACAAUGUAACAUUCUGUACGGCCUGCGAAACAAUUGCCUAUUUUAUGAGACUUCUGCAGCUAAUUUGUCCACUUGUGGUAAAAUAUCUGGAUUAUUGAAGCAACAGUUUUUACUCACCCAGUUAAUAUACUGUAUGUUGUUGUAACUAGCACAAUACUAAAGUAUUUCUAUUAUUAACAUGGAGUAAUUUUAAUGUAACUUACAGUAUAUUUUAAUAUAUCUGUAACACAAGAAUACAGGCAGAGUUCUGCUGUCCUCCCAAAAAUUUAUUUUAUCAGAUUAAUAUGAAGAACAUUCACUAUACUGUGUAGGCCCAUGUGUCAGUUGCAGGACUUACUAUUAGAAAAAUGACUAUUAAAACAUGAGAUGGAAUCUGGAGUAGUAUGUUCUGUAUUAAUACACCUGUAUUUCCCUAAAGUAAUUAACUGAAUAAAAUAAAGCAGUUCAAAGU